CCUGACAAACCCAUGAAUCACUGGGGGCUGAUUCCUUCUGCCUGAAUCCUGAAUCGCAGCCAGCAGAGGCAGACUUGUAAAACUGAUUGAUUCAGACCGACUGGACUGGGGGAGCCCAUCCUGAUGAGAUGAGGAGGGUUUGAUCGGCUCGAUUCAGGCUUGGUGUUUUUCGUGGUUUCCUCACUCAAAAUGAGUGGUAGCCUGACCUAGAUUUGUGGCUGUUUGUGACCGUGCCACUGCUCGGUUUGGGUCGACAGGCGUUGUGGGGGUUGCAGCUGCCUCUAUUUUUCUCGUUCUCUCUCUUCUGCUCUCUGUGGCACCUCCACUCAGCUCCCACCAGGCAGGGAUCUCUCGCUCUCUUUUCAUGUUACACACAACACAUCCCUCCCUUCCUCCCUCCUCCGCCAUCCCUUCUUCCGUCAUCACUCGCUCUGUCACUCCUUCAUCAGUCUGCCGUCAGUCAGUCAGCAGCAGAUCAGAUCACCAGGAGGACAGGUCUACUCAGAGCUUUUACAGUACUGAGGGAUUAUUUCUCCACUUAGCUGUCUAUAGUCCAGGAGAUCGACUUUACAUGCUACAUGGUUCAGUUAUCAUGUUUCUGGGAAGUUCAUGCCAUAGCAACACGCUGCCUGCGCUGGUGCGGACUCCGUCUCUGAUGAUGCCGUCCACUCUGGAUAUGAAACCCUUUAUGCCCUUCCACCAAGUGGACACGUCCUCUGCUGUGGGACUCUUCCCUAAUUUUAACACGAUGGAUCCCGUGCAGAAAGCUGUAAUAAACCACACAUUUGGGGUCCCCAUCCCUCUGAAGAAAAAACAAGUGAUUUCCUGUAACAUCUGUCAACUUCGCUUCAACUCAGAUAGCCAAGCCGAGGCACACUACAAAGGCAGUAAACAUGCCAAGAAGCUCAAAGCACAGGAGAACACCAAGAAUAAGCCGCCCAAGAGUUCCCCUCCUCCUCCUACUCUUCCUCCUUCUCUGGACAGUGCAAUGAAAAUCACCACCACCACCUCACCCAACUCUGUCAUGGCCAGCAACUCUGACAAAUCAGAGCAAAUCGCUGUGCCUCCCAGUGAGGCGGAUAAAACCUUUGCUUCUCCAAAUGCUUUCGUCCCCAUCAUCUCCACCUCCUCCUCCCUGGCAGCAUCAAUGGCCAUGUCCGUCCACAGCCCCUGUAAUCCCGUCCUGUGUGAUCCCACGCCUGCCAGCCCCCCAUCAGCUACGCCAGCACACCUACAGGGGCAUGUUAUGAAGACUAGCAGCAGUGGCGGCAGCAGCACCAAGCCUGGGCUCGUGUCCCCCACCACUGCUGCUGCUACAGCAACUCAGCCCACGCCAGAGUCGGAGGAGGAAAAAGCCAAAAAGCUCCUGUAUUGUUCGCUGUGCAAAGUGGCCGUCAACUCUCUGUCGCAGCUGGAGGCCCACAACAUAGGUUCCAAGCACAAAACUAUGCUUGAGGCGAGGAACGGAGCAGGUCCAAUUAAGGCCUAUCCCAGACCGGGCUCGAAGCUCAAAGUACAGGCCACCAACGUGCUAAAAGGUUCCGGACUACAGAACAAAACGUUCCAUUGUGAGAUCUGUGAUGUUCAUGUCAACUCAGAAAUACAGCUCAAACAGCACAUCUCCAGCAGAAGGCACAAGGACAGAGUAGCUGGGAAACCGAUGAAGCCCAAAUACAGCCCUUACAACAAACAACAACGCAGCUCCACAGUCCUGGCCGCCAAGCUGGCUCUUCAGAAGGACCUGGUGAAGCCUAUCUCCCCUGCUACGUUUCUCUCCAACCCCUUCUGCCCCACCACCCUCCCCUCCAUCUCCCUGCAUCCGCGGCCCAACCCCUCCAUCUUUCAGACUGCCGGCCUGCCAGGCUGCAUGCCCUCUUUCCUCCGGGCUGCUCCAGGGCCAGUCCGGCCCACCACUGGCUCUAUCCUCUUCACCCCAUAUUGAUUCCUGGGUUUUGACACAGGGGUCGUGUUCAGUAGGCAGGGAAUGGAAGAAAAUGGACAGAGCCUGAGUGCAAUGGGGAGGAAACUGAGCAAAACAGUGAGGUACUAUCUGAGCUCGUCCAAUAAGAAAUGCUUGUUUUUGUCUCCCAUUGCGAAAAUAUUUAGCUACGGCGUACCCUAAUGAACACGACCCAGUGUAUCGGUAGAGAGGGCACCAGAGGCAACACGGAGGGAAACUGACAAGAGCAGAGAACCAGGGGACCUCUGACCUUGUGGAGCAGUGAGUGCACUGCAUACUGGAUGAUGUCCUAGUACAUACAAUACCCACCCAAUGCACUGAACUGAGAGGACUACUGCACUGCGAAGCUUGAACAAACAACAGUGUAUUUAUUUGAUUGAACUUGUUUACCUUUCUCUGUCUGCGUGCAUUGCCCUGAGGCAUGAAGCACAGAGGUUCAGUGGGCCCGCUAAGACCACUGAGGGUCUAAGUAUUGGAUUCUUGUGGUAUAAUAAAGAGAAUCAAACCA